UGUACAGUCAGCCUGAGCCGCCGAGCGAGUCCAGCGCGGAGACGAAUGCGCGCUUCUCUUCCAGGAUGUUUCCCCGGGACACUUUGUCUGGUUACCGGUCCGCGGAACUAAACUACUAGACUAGACUUUGGAAAUAACUCAUAUUCGUAGAACUUUGGCGGCUUCAUAGCUGGUGAAGAAUAGCAAGUUGAGCGAACCGUGGCGAAGAUUAGCUAACUAAGCUAACAACCAUAUUCAGUGAGAUGCGGAGAGUGCGUGUAUCUGCUGUUCAUUUGAAUCCAGAGACUACCUUUUGGCUCUUUUAACAAUGCUCUAGGUCUAUACGAGCAGCUCGCAUAGUUCCCGACUUCCAUUUCGCUGGUUAAAGCUGCUAACUAGCACCGCAGCAUGGAUCACAAUAACCAUUAUUUGUUUUGGGCGUUGGGAUCUGUGCUGCUUUCAGCCGUGUGCGAUCGGGUUCAUUGAUUUCGCCUCUCCUUGGUCAAAUACAGACUAUGAGGUUGCCGGGACAUUGCUCUCAGGAGGUGUGUUAAAUCUGCCGUCAACGUUCUCAACGGCAAAGAAUGUCCGACUCAGAAAGUUCCAGUUCAUAUUUCGGUCUGGAGGAUCCGCGGUGGCUGUGCAUGGUCACACUUUUCUUCGCAUCGCUCGUCACUCUCAUACUGUAUUUCGUACAGUACUUCAAACAAAGCGGUGCAGGAAACAAGCGUCCCGCCGCUGCCGGGGACGAUGCGGCGAAGGAAGAAGCCGCGGCUCUGCUGGGAUGGGCGCUGUCACUGAGGAGCUGGAGGAGCCAGUGGAGAGGAGCCUGGUGCAGAGCUCUCAAUGAGCGAUCCGAGAGGAGCGGGAGUCCGGUUCUGUUGACAUUUGAAGAGAAUGAUCUUGAGGCGUCGGACCUCCGGGUCAGCCAAGUCUCCAGCUUUCAGAAGUCUGCCAAAAGCAAGGCCGCUCGUUGCAGUGUGGUCGGCGAGCAGCUUCGGUUCUCUCUCAGCGCGUCAUCGACAGCUACAGCUGCUGCAGGUCCUUGUAAAUACACUGUGUGUAUAGCUCCACUGGAGCUGCAGCUUAACCUGCAGAUGCAAGACGCUGCAGAUGUGAUCAAUGUGAGCUGGGGAGUAUCUCACUUGGAGACUGGGGAGCUGCAGGUGACCCCCACCUUCAACCAGGACCAUGUUAACACCUCCACUGUGGCAGCCAUUACGAAGCAUCUGAGGCAGCUGUUGUGUGUGACGCGUCCCUCUGUGCUGCUGAGCUGUCGGCCCGCUCAGGCCUCAGAGGUCAAGGAGGCGUGCAACAACGUGCUUUCACCCCCAAAACCCCCCCGUGCCCACGACUGGAAGUUGCUGGUGAAGAACAUCCGGGUGACCCUGAAUCAGGAGGACGGUGCUGCAGGCAGCAUGAGUCCUUUGUGUGUAAUGCAGCUGGACGAUCCUCCACAGAGGCUGAACACCUCUGUUUUGAAGAACACAACCAGUCCUGCCUGGGACCAGCCAUUUAUCUUUGAACUAAAUGGUCGAUCAAAAGAGCUCAAUAUUCAGUUAAUGAAUGAUGGAGAACCUCAAGAAAAUGCGUUACUUGGUCGGGUGUCGGUGCCUUUUGAUCUUGUGAAGAAGCAGCCCAAAGGGCAGCAAACAUUUGCACUCAUGACCAAAGACGUAGUGACUGGAUCACUAACUACUGAUUUUACCUAUCUGGAGCCCAGUGAGGUGAGGUCCUGGCACUCUCCCACCCCAGCCCCCAACAAGAGGGUGGAGAUGGACCGUACAGUCAUGCCCUGUGGCACGGUGGUCACCACCAUCACCGCGGUGAAGAGCAAGCCGGGCCGCCCCCCCUCCCUUGGAUUCAACAUAGACCCUACCCAGAGAGCCGUGGCCCCCAGGUCUAAACUGUCGGAGCGGCGUGUGUCGGAGCGGCGUGUGUCCGAGCAGGCGUCCAUGAUGGCGGCCACAGUCAGUAAGGCCCUGUCCUCCUCUGACACCGAGCUGCUGAUGCUCAAUGGCACCGACUUGGUGGCCGAAGCCGCCAUCAGACAGCUCCACCAAUCCGCCAAACAGAAGCUCAAGUCCCCGGUGAAGAAGAGUACAAUCAUCAUCUCAGGCAUCGCCAAAACGCCCCUGUCUCAGGAUGACGAGCUCGCACUGAUGGCGGGCUACGCUGCAGCAAUGGACGCCUCUAUGUCGGAGAGCAGCUCCACUCAGGAUGUGACCGCAGCGAUUGCGACCGGGUCCAGUAGCCCUCCGGACACGUCUGAGCACCAGGAGGGCCCCAGUGGAAUAGGCCGGCCUGUGGAGGACUGGGAGAGCCAGACCGGAGAGGGGCUGGACAAUUCCUCGCUGUCCAUGUGCAUCUCCGAGGCGAGCUGCAAGAAGAGAAGAGAGGAAAGCAGUGCUAAGCACACGUUAUGUCCACAUGAGCAGCUUCCUCCAGAAGAGCGCCAAGCUUUUCUUCCGGAGGCGUCACCAGCGCAAGGAGCCGGGGAUGAGCCAAUCCCACAACGACCUGGUGUACCUGGAGCAGGCCAGCCGAACACCCACGCUCAGCCGCAUGCUCAGCCGCAAGAGCAAGAGCAAGGCCAACGGCGCUACCUCGGUGGGGGACCCUUGUGCGUGACCCCUUCUGUCCCUCCCACAAACAACUACCGUUCACCAUCUCCACCUCAAUCCUGCACUGGCACACUUCCUGGCUGACCAACUGGCAGUCUGGUCAGGCCUCGUGAAUGGGGAAAGCUGUGCAGGUGCAACAAAAACAAUCCUCUUCAACUGCCGUUUUCUGCUUCUCGCAAGAGGCCAAUAUUCCACCAAAAGCAAGCGUGUGCAUGUGUAAAUGAAGGUCUCCUGUCUGAUUUAUGGCAUUUUUGGGGGAUAUUGUUUUGCAUGUUUUUUAUCUAAUUUUAUGCAACAUGUUUGAAAUCAUUUGAGCGCUUUUGUGGCCUUUCUACCGGGGGAAGGGACCGAUGUCGGCUGUCCCUCUUUACCUCCCUGACACCGAGGACAAAGAGAAAGCUCUCCCUCCUGUGAUCCAUACAUUUCCUUCCGUGGACCAACAGGACCAAAGAUGAACGGAAGAGUGGUGUUUGUAUGAUUUGCACAAAAUUCUAGUAACUUUUCUUUAAGUGCAAUGACAGGAGCUGCUCUUGUGUCACAUUUAGAAAGGGAGAUGUUCUUUCUUUUUUUUUACACUAAUGCUAUGAAAGUUAUUGAUAUUGGUUAAUUUAAGAAAUCCUUUUGAUUUAAAUUCCACGUGAAAUAAGAUCAGAACAACAGCCGGAGGUAAUGUGUACAUUGGAGUUAUAAAAAGGGUCCACAGCCUUGUUUCUAACAAAGACAUCAAAACCAGUCUUUGGUGAUCUGAAUACAAAGCACUGUGGUUUACAUGAAACUUUAGCUAGAUGAGAGCGUCUUCAAAUGAUAUGCAACUUCCUUCUUUGUCUUCCUCAAAGACUCCCCCUGUACACUACUGUCAUCAGCAGGGUUGUUAAUGUGUCAAAGGGAACCCGGAAGGGCGUUUAUCCAGGGACUGUGACGUUACACUCAGCCAUACUCGAUGAAAAUCCAUCCGAAAUUAAGUUAACCGCUCUUUUAUCGGAAGUUUUAUUGUAGUUUUGAACACAUGAACAGGAGAAUGUGUAAACAAACCUUUGGGAGCAAACGAAAGGUUUGGCUGUUUUUUGUUUUGUUUUGUUUUUAUCCAGCUAAUGAUUGUACUUGUUGUUUUUUUUGCAAGCAGCUCAUUGAAGACAUUUUCUAUACUUAAUAUUAACUACUGUUCUUCCAAUAAUCUGCUCAGAGAAUGGAUACGUCAGUGACGGACUGAACUAACAGGUUGCCUUAGUUAGUCCGAGGAUCACGUCAUAGGGAGGACUUGUCCUUUUGGGUCCUGAGGCCUCAUCCGCCUUCACAAGCCGAGGGUUGAAGGACCUCAGCGAACAGUCAGAGAGACCAAGUCAUCCCCGUGUUUCUUUAGCCAUCGGCAAUGUCCCAUCAUCUAGAAGACUAUGCACGUAACGUAUUCACUGAGCAAUUGCAUUUUGACUAUCUUCAGAACUGAAUAAACAGCUCAACGUGUUGUUUAUGACACUGGCUUGCAGAUACAAGUUGUCGUCUGUAUUUAAAGCACAUGGCAGAGCUGUGAUCCGGCUCUUCCAUCGACAUAAGGCUGCAGUCUGUUUUGAAAACAUGGAAAAAAACUGUAUUUGGAUGAAGAAAAUUCUGUUAACAUUCAGACAGAAUCAAUUUUAUCACAAUUAAACUCUGGAAGGUUGUGGCGGUGGGGGGGUAGUCAUGCCAGCGUCAGAGCUUAUAUUAGCCUGCAAGCAUCGGCUAGUGUCAUGCAUACCACAGUCAUCUGCAGGCCUGUGUGUGAUUAAUAAACUACUUCCUGAUUUUUAUUUUUAUUCAUUAUUGGCAUCUGAUCUGGGCACAAAAGCUGAUUGACAUGUCUGUUCUUACAAAAACUCAGUUAUUUCCCUGCAGGGAUUGUAACUAAUAUACAUAUCGAGUUAUUUCAUUUUCAGCAAUAAAUGAUGAUCGAAUAACUGAGAA